AUGUCCGAAAGUGCAAACGGCGUGGAGCAGCGGGAAGAGCAGGCUGAACUUGAAGAAACCGGAGGAGUGGAGGAGAAGUCUGACUCGUCAGAUGCCGGGAAAGAGUCCUCCUCAGAAGCAGGGCAGGAUGGGCAAGAUGCGUCCUCCUCAUCCCAGACCAAGGAGUCCACUCCGGGUUAUGAGGAGAAAAUGCAAACAGAUCGGACCAACAGGUUUGAGUACCUGCUGAAACAAACAGAGGUGUUUGCUCACUUCAUCCAACCAGCAGCACAGAAGACACCCACCUCUCCCCUGAAAAUGAAGCCAGGACGUCCCCGUAUCAAGAAGGACGAGAAGCAGAACCUUCUCUCUGCUGGAGACAACCGCCAUCGCCGCACAGAACAAGAGGAGGACGAAGAGCUCCUGAACGAGAGCAACAGAGCCACUAAUGUCUGCACCCGCUUUGAUGAGUCCCCCUCCUAUAUCAAAACAGGGAAAAUGAGGGAUUAUCAGAUCCGUGGUCUGAACUGGCUCAUCUCUCUGUAUGAGAAUGGAAUCAACGGCAUCCUCGCUGAUGAAAUGGGUUUGGGGAAGACCCUCCAGACUAUCUCCUUGCUGGGCUACAUGAAGCACUACAGAAACAUCCCUGGUCCUCACAUGGUGCUGGUGCCCAAGUCCACCCUCUACAACUGGAUGAAUGAGUUCAAGCGCUGGGUGCCUUCACUGCGCGCUGUCUGCCUCAUCGGAGACAGAGAUCAGAGGACUGCUCUGAUCAGAGAUGUGCUGCUGCCAGGAGAGUGGGAUGUGUGUGUCACAUCCUACGAGAUGCUCAUCAUUGAAAAGGCAGUGUUCAAGAAGUUUAACUGGAGGUACCUGGUCAUAGAUGAGGCCCACAGGAUCAAGAAUGAGAAGUCAAAGUUAUCUGAAAUUGUACGAGAGUUUAAGACCACCAAUCGUCUGCUACUGACUGGAACGCCCCUACAAAACAACCUCCACGAGCUGUGGGCUCUGCUCAACUUCCUGCUGCCUGAUGUCUUCAACUCAUCUGAGGACUUUGAUUCCUGGUUUGACACAAACAACUGCUUGGGUGAUCAGAAGCUGGUUGAACGUCUUCACACCGUGCUGCGGCCUUUCCUUCUACGACGUAUCAAAGCUGAUGUAGAAAAAACUCUGCUUCCAAAGAAAGAGAUAAAGAUGUAUGUGGGCCUGAGCAAAAUGCAGCGAGAAUGGUACACAAAGAUUCUGAUGAAGGACAUCGACAUCCUGAACUCGGCAGGCAAGAUGGACAAGAUGCGUCUGCUGAACGUGCUCAUGCAGCUGAGGAAGUGCUGCAACCAUCCCUACCUGUUUGACGGGGCUGAGCCGGGCCCCCCCUACACCACUGACCUCCACCUGGUGGUCAACAGCGGCAAGAUGGCGGUGCUGGACAAGCUGCUACCCAAGAUGAAGGAGCAGGGUUCCCGCGUGCUCAUCUUCAGUCAGAUGACCAGGAUGCUGGACAUCUUGGAGGACUACUGCAUGUGGAGAAACUAUGGCUACUGUCGCCUGGACGGUCAGACACCGCAUGAGGAAAGACAGAUCUCUAUCAAUGCAUACAACGAGCCCAACAGCAGCAAGUUCAUCUUCAUGUUGAGCACCAGAGCCGGAGGGCUGGGUAUCAACCUUGCCACAGCUGACGUCGUCAUUCUCUAUGACUCAGACUGGAACCCUCAAGUUGACCUGCAGGCCAUGGAUCGAGCUCACAGGAUUGGUCAGCAGAAGCAGGUACGCGUGUUCCGUUUCAUCACUGAAAACACAGUGGAGGAGCGAAUUGUAGAGCGGGCUGAGAUGAAGCUGCGCCUGGACUCAAUUGUCAUCCAGCAAGGACGGCUAGUAGACCCCAGUGCAAACAAGCUGGGCAAAGAUGAGAUGCUGUCCAUCAUCCGCCACGGUGCCACUCAUGUGUUUGCCUCCAAAGAGAGUGAGAUCACAGAUGACGAUAUUAAUGUGAUUCUUGAGCGGGGAGAGAGGAAGACUAUGGAGAUGAAAGAGAGGAUGGCUAACCUGGGUGAAAGCUCUCUGAGAAACUUCACCAUGGACACAGAAAACAGCAGUGUGUACACAUUUGAAGGAGAGGACUACAGAGAGAAGAAAAAGGUCAUCACCAACUGGAUUGAGCCCCCUAAGAGAGAAAGGAAGGCCAAUUAUGCUGUGGAUGCCUACUUCAGAGAAGCUCUGCGCGUCAGUGAACCCAAAGCACCCAAGGCACCUCGUCCUCCCAAGCAGCCCAAUGUUCAGGACUUCCAGUUCUUCCCUCCUCGUCUGUUUGAGCUUCUGGAGAAGGAAAUUCUGUUUUACAGAAAGACCAUUGGAUACAAGGUUCCUCGUAAUCCAGACAUGCCCAACUCGGCCCAGCACCAGAAAGAGGAGCAGGCUAAGAUCGAUGAGGCCGAGGCCCUAACAGAGGAGGAGCUGGAGGAGAAGGAAAACCUUUUGUCACAGGGCUUCACUAUUUGGAACAAACGUGACUUCAAUCAGUUCAUUAAAGCCAACGAGAAAUGGGGAAGAGAUGAUAUUGAGAACAUUGCCAGAGAGGUUGAGGGCAAAACUCCCGAGGAAGUCAUGGAAUAUUCUGCUGUAUUUUGGGAGCGCUGCAAUGAGUUGCAGGACAUUGAGAAGAUCAUGGCCCAGAUAGAGAGAGGAGAGGCCAGGAUCCAGAGAAGAAUUAGCAUUAAGAAAGCACUGGACUCCAAGAUCGGUCGCUACAAGGCUCCGUUCCACCAGCUACGCAUCUCCUAUGGUACCAACAAAGGCAAGAACUACACGGAGGAGGAGGACCGCUUCCUUAUCUGUAUGCUUCACAAGCUCGGCUUUGACAAGGAGAGUGUGUACGAUGAGCUGCGUCAGUGCAUCCGCAACUCGCCCCAGUUCCGUUUUGACUGGUUCCUCAAAUCCAGGACUGCCAUGGAACUCCAGAGGCGAUGUAACACCCUGAUAACGCUGAUAGAGAGAGAGAACAUGGAGCUAGAGGAGAGGGAGAAAGCUGAGAAAAAGAAAAGAGGCCCAAAGACUGGCUCGGCCCAGAAACGCAAGUCUGAGGGGACACCAGAUGGCCGCGGACGCAGAAAAAAGCUGAAGUUGUGAAGUUGUCACAUGCACAACAGAGUGGUUGAAGAGGACGCGGCAGCCAGCUCCAGUAUAGUUAGUCCUAGUGUCUGUGUUUGUUUUGCGGGUUGUGACGAUGUACUGUGUAAAACCUCCCAAUGGACUGAACUUCUCUUCGCUACCUAAAUUAGCGUCCGGUUGUAAAAGGGUUUAGGAAGUGCACAUUUGCAGCCUCUUAGUGACUUACCCAAAUACUGCAGCUGUGCUGGUUUAGUUUGUUUGCUAGUCCUUUUUUUUUUUUUACUUUAGUACUUGAGUUGAUUAAGAUAAAUGUAUUUAUGCCUGUUGGUUGUACCACAUUCCAUUGCUUGUAACAAUAUACCAUUUUUUAUUUUUAAGAAACCUUUUGUUCUUUUACCCUUCCGAUGUGAAGUAGAAAAUGUCUUUCACAAAUAAACUCCCCCUUUUAUAUAUAAAACAUGACUUUUGUAAAUACAUGUGUUGCAUUACGAAAAAAAAGACACUGAUUCGAAAAAGGACUAAUGUAUUUGGCAGUUGUAGACUCAUCACAAAAUGAAUAAGGCACCAAUUUGAAUUGAAUUGGUCAGUUAAACGUCUACUACUAAUUGGCACAUAACAUAUACUGUCACCUGUAUAAGAAUAGUUAUAAUUUUAAUAUUUCAGUUCUGUCAGGACUUGAUAGACAAAGCGCUAACAUGUAUAGUUAAUUUUUCAAGUGUCGCCAGGGUGUAUUAAUACCUUUUGUUUUCAUAGUCCUGUAUGAUAUUUACAAAUCGUUUUCCAUGUGAUUUCAGCCACAUUGUUAUGACCUUAAAAAUGUAUAAAAAUGGUGAGUGAAAGCACUCUCAAAAGAAUAAAAAUGAAAAUAGUUACAAUCCCUUUGAAUAGCACCAUAUUGGUAUUCAGUAGAGGACAAGGGUAC